AUGUUCAUAUUAAAUUUGGCAGCUAGCGAUGUUAUGAUGUGCCUACUUUCUCUGCCCAUCACACCGGUAACAAAUAUUUACAAAAAUUGGUAUUUUGGAAAUGCGCUCUGUCAUCUUAUACCAUGUGUUCAAGGUGUGAGCAUAUUUAUUUGUACGUUCAGUCUAGGAGCAAUCGCUGUGGAUAGGUACAUACUUGUUGUGAAGCCGCAUAAAAAACCAUUAAGCCGACGAGGAGCUGUCUUUGCAACGCUAAUCCUCUGGUCAUUGUCGUUCAUCGUUACGCUUCCAUACGCCUUUAACAUGGAGAUGGUGGAUUUCUCGUCCCAAGGAGUCUGCGGAAAGUUCUGCACGGAACGGUGGACAACUGCACUUGCCCGACGAUCCUACACUAUGGUUGUGAUGUUUUCUCAGUUUGCUUUGCCUUUCACAUUGAUGGCUUUCUGCUAUGCACAUAUUUUCCUAGUCCUUAAUCGGCGAGCAAAGGUAAAACUGCGACGUAUGGAUGAACGUUCGAUAGCUUUGGAGAAUUCUUUGCCAUCACGGACUUAUCAAGUCUCUGAGAGGAAAGAAAACGAAACAAAUGAACCAGUGAACUCCUUUCUAGACAAGCAGGAAAAGGAGCGACAACGACUCAUACAGCAAAAUCGCAGGACCACCUAUAUUCUUGUGGCUAUGGUGGUUUGGUUUGGAUUGACUUGGCUUCCUCACAACGUAGUUUCACUCAUUAUCGAAUACGAUGAGACGCAAACAUUCUUCCGAUUGUUUGGUAGAGAAGAGCUUGACAUAAGUUAUCUGCUGAACUUGUUUACACACUGGUAA